AUGUCGCCCCUCUGUUGGGAAGAAGAUGUAAAUCUGCGGGAGUAUAACACUUUCAAUGUUGACUCAAUUGCCCGCUACCUUGUGCGGAUCCGCAGUAUUCACGACCUCAAAGAUCUCCUGGCUUCACCCCGGUUCCGCGACUUUCGGCAUUUGGUGAUCGGCGGCGGUAGUAAUAUUCUAUUUGCUGCAGAGAACUUUGACGGCGUCAUCCUGAAAAACGAGAUUUGCGGCAUUGAAGUCGUAUCCGAAAAUGAAAAUAACACAGUCCUCAGAGUUGGCGGGGGAGUGGAAUGGAUGUCGCUGGUGACAUAUUGCAUUGAUCAUGACCUCGGCGGAUUAGAGAAUUUAUCCUUGAUACCUGGCACGGUCGGCGCAGCUCCAAUACAAAAUAUUGGUGCAUAUGGAGCUGAGCUCAGCGAUGUGAUGUUGAGCGUGGAAGUGUGCAACCUGGAGACCGGCGAAACAAGAACCAUGUCGAAAGAUGAAUGCGCCUUGAAAUAUCACGACAGCAUCUUCAAACAUGCCUUGAAAUAUGCUUUUAUCUCUUCGGUCACCAUCAGGGUAUCCAAAGCGCAAUUCCACUGCUUAAACACACAAUAUUCCUCUGUUCAGGAUGUUCUACAGCAACAAGGUGUUGUGACGCCAACCAUACGAUCGGUUAGUCAGGCAAUCUGUCUGCUCCGUAGACGCAAACUGCCUGAUCCAAAAAUAUUGGGAAAUGCGGGGAGCUUUUUUAAGAAUGCGACUUGUGAUACGUUGCUCUGCAAGUCCAUCAUGAAGGCCCACCCAGAAAUACCAUCAUUUCCUGGGCCAGAUAGCUUCCAUAUCAUACCGGCAGCAUGGUUGAUCGAGAAUUGUGGCUGGAAGGGAAAGCAAAUAGGGGAAGUAGGGGUCUCUCCCAGCCAUGCUCUAGUACUCGUCAACUAUGGAGGAGCAAGAGGCCGAGAAAUAGUGCUCCUGGCGGAUUCAAUUAUAAAAGAUGUUCAGGCUAAACUAGGCUUCCAGUUGAUCCCUGAAGUAAACAUUAUCAGAUAG